CCCGGAAGCACCUGUCGGUGGGCGGGCAGAGCGCGGAGGGCGGAAGCGCCGCGGCGGCUGCAGGGAGGGUCCGGCUGCCGCUCCCGCUCCCAGUCCUCGGCCUGCGCCGCGCUUCGGCCCACCCCGCCAUGGGCACCCGCGACGACGAGUACGACUAUCUCUUCAAAGUUGUACUUAUUGGAGACUCUGGAGUAGGCAAGAGUAACCUUCUGUCUCGAUUCACUCGCAAUGAGUUUAACUUGGAAAGCAAAAGCACCAUUGGAGUAGAGUUUGCAACAAGGAGCAUCCAAGUCGAUGGGAAGACAAUAAAGGCUCAGAUAUGGGACACAGCAGGGCAGGAGCGAUACCGAGCUAUAACAUCAGCGUACUAUCGUGGAGCUGUAGGGGCAUUAUUGGUGUAUGACAUUGCUAAGCACCUUACUUACGAGAAUGUAGAGCGAUGGUUGAAAGAGCUGCGAGACCAUGCUGACAGCAAUAUUGUAAUCAUGCUUGUGGGAAACAAGAGUGACUUGCGCCACCUGAGAGCAGUCCCUACAGAUGAGGCCAGAGCUUUUGCAGAGAAGAAUGGUUUGUCAUUUAUCGAGACGUCUGCUUUAGACUCAACAAACGUGGAAGCAGCUUUCCAGACUAUUCUGACAGAGAUCUAUCGUAUUGUUUCCCAGAAGCAAAUGUCCGACAGACGUGAGAAUGAUAUGUCUCCAAGCAACAACGUGGUUCCCAUUCACGUCCCUCCAACCACUGAAAACAAACCAAAGAUGCAGUGCUGUCAGAAUAUAUAGGAUUGUCCAUUCUUUCCUGAAAGGCUGUGUAUAUUCCCCAGGUCCAAGAUUUAAAUAUAUUUGUAAUUCUCGUGGUUACUUUCUUGUGUUUAGUUACUGCUUACUCCUUCUGAAUUUCUCCAUGUCUUAAACACUUUGAUUUCAGUGUUUAUAAAUCUAUUGCUUCUGUGUGGCUGCAGUAUUUUCCCAACACCAACUCGUCGGUUUUGGUUCAGUAAAUUGUUUGGAACUGAACUGAUCUCUUUCAGAGAUGAUGCCCGCUAGUCAGAGCACAGACACCUUUAGUGAGCACUGGAAGACGUUAUUCUGCUCCUGACAAAACGAUUACCGUCAGGUUAACUAGGAAAGUAUCUCUGGGCAGGAUUUCCUUGUCUCAAGGUGUUGUAUACUGCAUCUAAAGCUUGAUGAAAUGCCCGUUGCUCUGAAGUGCAAUUUUAAUGUAAGUUAAAUGUUUUUGGCUACAUCUUCAGAUUGUCAAGUUAAGGAUUUUUUUUUUUUUAAUAGAAUAUUAUGGGGGAGAAAAGAGAAUUUCUUGCGAACAAGCGGCAGGGUUCUCGCUACCUGUGAAUGAGCUUUUGUGGUUUGGCCCCUGCUGCAGAGGAGGUUGUGAUGUGAGGCAGAGCUGCUGGGAGGCUGCCGGGGGGACGCUGGUGGGACUCCCUUUGAGGUGCCUCUAGUGAAGAAAGCGAAAGCACGAGCUGCGAAACUAAUGAAGGGUCACGCUAACACUGGAACUUGCGGCAUGUUUUUGUGCUGCCUGAGGCUUGGCCUCCACAGUGCUGGUGGUAUCAGGAUUUGAGUGUGUCUUUCUUUCCUUCAUGGUACACAGACUUGAAGGGUGUUGUCACAUAUUACAUAUCACAUUUAUUAAUACUUGCCAUAUAUAUUAAUAUAUUCAAAUGCUUGAGUUGAUGAAUCAACAACUUCCACCACCUGGCCUUAGUUUUCAGUUCUGUUUCAUCUGGUAUUUUUUAAGUUAUUCCAGUGGUUUGGUAUAUGUUCUUUAACAAAAACAUCUGGAGUAGUUUUCUUACGGGAUGCCUUCCUUCUGUGGCCUGUCGCUCCGUACAAAUCACCCGUUCGAUCAGCUUGUUCAGGGAUACAUGAACUGUGCCUUCUGUCGCUGCACUCCCUGCGUAUCGCUCAGUGUGUGCUAUUCCCAACACGGCGUUAGGAUUGAGAUUUGGAGGCUCUAGGCACUGAGUUUCUACAGUAUUUAAAAGAACCAUUUGUUGUAUAAAUGCCUGCAGUUAUUUAUACAGUUAGAGGGAAUUAACUGAUUGUAGGGGAUGUUUCUCAAACUCUGAUAUGACCCACUUGGAAAAUCCAAAUCGGGGUAGGCACUACCAGCUGCGUUCGUACCCAACCUUUCUGUCUUGCGGUGCUCAUGAUGUGUAAGGCACACGGAAGGCAUUGCUGUAGUCGGUCACUUGUUUUUAAUCCAUUUCUCCUCCUAGUAUUAGUUCUGAAGAUGCUUUUUUGAUCUGUUUGUAAAUUACUUUGUAUUUUAUGCAUGUACUGUACCUUGAUUCAUUAUUUUUUUAGAUUGAUUUAAAAUAUAUUCAUCCAUGAUUCUAAUAAAGAAUUACAGGGGACGACUCA